AUGGUAGGUAAUUUUACUAAGAGACAGUGGCUUACUCUUAUUGUUAUCAGUAUUGCAGACUUUGCAAAUGCUAUUUGUGUAUCAUUACAAGCACCGUUUUAUCCCCGAGAGGCAGAGAAAAAAAAUGCAUCACCGUCAGAGUAUGGGCUUGUAUUUGGAAUUUUUGAGCUCAUUGUUUUCCUUAUCAGCCCUGUAUAUGGACAACACUUGAAUAGGAUCGGACCCAAGUUACUUUUCAACGGUGGAAUUUUAACAACAGGCACUUGUGCUAUAUUCUUUGGACUUUUGGACAAGGUUAACGGACACUAUCCUUUUAUAAUUCUUUCCUUUAUUAUAAGAAUAUUGGAAGCGUUUGGGAAUGCUGCUUUUCUCACGGCCAGUUUUGCUAUAAUUGCCAAGGAAUUUCCUGAAAACGUCGCUACAACAUUCGCGAGCCUCGAAACAUUUUUUGGACUUGGGCUUAUUGUCGGUCCAACUGUCGGCGGUGCUUUGUAUCAAAUCGGUGGAUACACAUUGCCAUUUGCUAUUUUGGGUUCUGCUCUUAUUGUUACAGCAAUUAUAACAGCUUUCAUCCUUCCGAGCCACAAUGAUUCAGAUCAAGAUUCUCCGAAAUUCGGUGGAUACACAAAAGUAUUAAGAAUUCCGGGUGUAUUGGUAUCAACGGCUUCAAUAAUGGCCACAAGUAUGAGCAUCGGUUUCCUCCAGGCAACUUUAGAACCUCAUUUACGACAGUUUGAUUUAAGUCCACUAGUCACUAUUAUAGGCUGCAUCCUAAUAAUGAUUGGAUUUUCUUUAAUUGGACCAGCACCUUUUAUUCCAUAUCCUACAAUCAUUUGGUUAACAAUCUGCGGUCUGGUUACCCACGGGAUCGGUUUAUCUGCUCAGUUGGUCGCAGCUUUCUCUGACGCUCUACAAACAACCAUAGCACAUGGAUUCCCAAAUAAUUUUGAGACUUAUGGAUUAAUCAGUGCACUCUGGACAAGUUCUUUUGCUCUUGGUGCUUUUAUUGGUCCCAGCCUUGGAGGAAUCCUUCUGGACAAUAUAAAUUUCCGUAACGCCUCCAUGUUUAUCGGAAUAGCUGCAUCAGUAUUCGUCAUCUGUUGUUCACGAAAUCCGAAACCAUUUACGGAAGUAAGCUGCGAAAGCGAGUCACGGGUGUCUUUAACAGAUAGUGCUAGAUCCCACAGUACAAGCUUGUUUACAAGAGAAGUCGAUAAUCAAAAUAUGCCCGUCGAUAGGCCCAGCGGAAUGAAUUCUCUAAUGGCGUGUAACAGCUAUUCUAAUCGCGCUGGUGCUUGGUCAAGGGCGUCCUACAGCGGUCGUUACAGUUACAACUACGGGUCAUUGGAUGCUAAACAAUAUUUACUAGAAAGGACAACUUAA